UGGCGGUUAAAGAAGGAGACAAAGCACAGUUAGAGACUCAUUUUCUGAACCAUGUCCGUUGAGAAGGUUUCUAUCCUUGGUAAUGAAACCAUCCAUGUUGGAUUUGACCUCAUGGAGCACAUCGUGAAGACGGUGCUUGCUACUGAGAAGUCAUCAACCUAUGUUCUCAUCACUGACAGUAACAUCGAGAAGAAAGGUUACUUAACACAAUUCCGUAGAGAAUUCCACAAGUACUUGCCGGAGGGUUGUCGUGUUCUCUCUUAUGUUGUUCCACCAGGUGAAGCUCACAAGACCCGUGAGACAAAGGCUGAGAUUGAGGACUACUUGCUGGAGAGAGGUUGCACACGUGAUACCGUGAUCCUUGCGGUCGGAGGUGGUGUCAUUGGCGAUAUGAUUGGUUAUGUUGCUGCAACUUUCAUGAGAGGAGUCAGGGUCAUUCAGGUCCCAACAACUCUGUUGGCGAUGGUUGACUCUUCAAUUGGUGGUAAGACAGCUGUGGAUACACCACUGGGUAAGAACUUCAUUGGUGCCUUCUGGCAGCCAAGAUAUGUCUUUGUUGAUUUGAACUUCUUGUCCACUUUGCCGGAGAGAGAGUUCAUCAAUGGUAUUGCUGAAGUCAUUAAGACUGCUGCGAUUUGGAACGAAGCUGAAUUCUCGAGAUUGGAGGCCAACUCUGAAAAAUUCCUGUCCACCAUUAAGCAGAGAGACGAAGAAGGUGAUACUGAUUUAACCCCAAUCAAGGAUCACGUUUUCAAAUUGGUGCUUGAAUCCAUCAAAGUCAAAGCUCACGUUGUUUCCAGUGAUGAAAAGGAAGGUGGCUUGAGAAAUUUGUUGAACUUUGGUCAUUCCAUUGGUCAUGCCAUUGAGGCAAUCUUGACUCCACAGGCAUUACACGGUGAAUGUGUCUCUGUGGGAUCAAUCUUAGAGGCUGAGCUCUCAAGAUACUUGAACAUUCUCCCAGCUUCCGCAGUCGCUAGACUGAGUAAAGUAUUGGGUAACUACGGCUUACCAACAUCUCUGACCCAAUUAAAGAAGAUGACAGUCGAUAGAAGAACUCCUGUGGAUAUCUUGCUUGAGAAGAUGGCUAUUGACAAGAAGAAUGAUGGUUCAAAGAAAAAAGUCGUCUUGUUGAAAGCUAUCGGUGAAUGCUACGAGAGCUCUGCUUCAUAUGUCAACGAUGAAGAUUUGAGAUUCGUCUUGACUGACCAAACCAAGGUUUACCCAUUCGAAAACAAAUCUGGUUUUGAAGCUGUCAUCACUCCACCGGGAUCAAAAUCGAUCUCUAAUCGUGCCCUUGUUCUCGCUGCUUUGGGUACAGGUGAAUGUAAAAUUUCUAACCUUCUCCACUCUGACGAUGUCGAACACAUGCUGAAUGCAAUCAAAUGUUUACAAGGUGCUGAAAUACGCUGGGAAGACAGAGGUGAAACUUUGAUCAUCAAAGGUAAUGGUGGUAAGUUGGUCUCCUCUCCAACUGAAUUGUACUUGGGUAAUGCAGGUACAGCUUCAAGAUUCUUGACAUCCGUUGCUACUUUGGUCAAAGCCACUGACGAAUCCAAAUAUACUUACUUGACUGGUAAUGCCCGUAUGGGCCAAAGACCAAUCGGUGCUCUUGUUGAUGCUUUGCGCUCUAACGGUGCUGAAAUUGAAUAUCUUAAGAACGAAGGUUCAUUGCCAUUAAAGAUUGCCAACAAGCCAUUGAAGGGUGGAGUCAUCGAAUUGGGUGCUACUGUCUCCUCUCAGUACGUUUCCUCUCUUUUGAUGGCAGCCCCAUAUGCUGAAGAACCAGUAACUUUGAAGUUGGUUGGUGGUAAGCCAAUUUCAAUCUUAUACAUUGACAUGACUAUCGCGUUGAUGAAACAAUUCGGUAUUGAAGUUAAGCCUCUGCCAAACUAUACCUAUGAGAUUCCAAAGGGUACCUAUGUUUCACCAAAGGAGUUUGUCAUUGAAUCAGAUGCUUCUUCUUCUACUUAUCCACUGGCAUUCGCUGCAAUGACCGGUACUACUGUUACAAUCCCAAACAUUGGUUCUUCCUCUUUGCAAGGUGAUGCUCGUUUCGCCAAAGACAUCUUGGAACCAAUGGGAUGCAAGGUUAUUCAAACACCAACAUCAACUACAGUGACUGGUCCUGCGCCAGGUGGAUUGAAACCUCUUGCAUCUGUUGAUAUGGAACCAAUGACCGAUGCAUUCUUGACUGCUUCUGUUGUCGCUGCCGUUGCCACUGAUGGAAAGGAGAACAAGACUUCAAUCUACGGUAUCGCCAACCAGAGAGUCAAAGAGUGUGACAGAAUCUCUGCAAUGUGCACACAAUUGGCUAAAUUUGGCGUCCGCGCUGUUGGUGGUGACGAUGGUAUUGACAUUUACGGUGUCUCCAUCGCUGACCUCAAGACUCCAGAAAGUGGUAUCUUCUGUUAUGAUGAUCAUCGUGUUGCCAUGUCUUUCUCUCUUUUGGCCGGUCUCGUUUCCAAUGGUCCUGUCGUCGUUGAAGAACGUCACUGUACCGCUAAAACAUGGCCAGGUUGGUGGGAUAUCUUGCACUCUUCACUUGGUGCUAAGCUUGAUGGGUUCGAGCCAGAGGAUCCAAGUGUUGCAAGCCGUGCUAGUAUUGCUAUUAUUGGUAUGAGAGCUGCAGGUAAGACCACCCUCAGAAAUUGGAUUGUGAAGGCCACAGGCUAUAGAAGCUUGGACUUGGAUGUUAUCUUUGAGGAGAGAUUUGGUGAUAUAAGAGAUUUUGUUAAAGCACAUGGCUGGGACAAAUUUAGAGAGGAGGAACUCAAAUUAUUCUCUGAAAUUUUGGCUAAAAAUGAUAAGGCAUGUGUUAUCACUACAGGUGGUGGUCUUGUUGAAACUCCAAAGGCUAGAGAAUUGUUGAAGGAGUUCAGAGAGAAGAAGAACGGUUUGGUUUGGGAAGUUCAAAGAGAUAUUAGUGAAAUUGCCAAGUUCCUCGGUCAAGAUUUGUCUAGGCCACCAUUGGACACCGACGAUAUCAGAUCAAUUUGGAAGAGAAGACAACCUUUGUAUGAGGAGGUUCGCACCCAUGUGUUCUGUUCACCAAUAUGUAAAACGGAAUCUGAGUUUGAAAACUUGAGAAAACAAGUUGUUGCCUUUGUCACUAGCGUCAAGACACCAAAGAAGCAAUUCUAUGUUGUUGGAUCACCAAUUUCGCAUUCGAAAUCACCAUUGUUACAUCAAACGUGUUACAGAGCCAAUGAUCUCCCACAUGAGUUUACUAAAUUUGAAACCACAGAUGCCUCUGAAGUGGCUAAACUCAUGAAGGAUCCAUCCUUUGGAGGGUGUGCUGUGACAAUUCCCCUGAAACGUGAUGUUAUCCCUCUUUUAACGGAAGUUGAUGAGUCUGUCAAGAGAAUUGGCGCAUGUAACACCAUUGUUCCAUUGGGAAACGGUGGAUUUGCAGGCUAUAACACAGAUUACAAGGGGAUAGAGAACUCUUUCAAGUCCCAUGGUGUUACCAGUCCAAGCGUUGGUCUUGUAAUUGGCGCUGGUGGAACCUCAAGAGCUGCGAUUUUUGCACUUUCUAAACUUGGUUGCAAGAAGGUUUACCUACUGAAUAGAACACCAGAGAAAUUGCAAGAACUCGUCAAGGACUUUUCAGAGUUUGGUGUUGAAAUUUUGGAUGCAUCUAAAGCUCAAGGUGUCGAUGUUGCAGUUUCAUGUGUUCCAGGUGAUAAACCAAUUGCAUCAGAGGUGUUGUCUCAGUUGGAAUCUGUUUUCAAACAACAUAAAGGAUCCCUUUUAGAAGCGGCUUAUAAGCCUUCAGUCACACCAAUCAUGGAGUUGGCAUCUCAGUACGGCUGGGAAACCAUUCCAGGUUUAGAGAUGCUUGUUAACCAAGGUGUUGAGCAAUUCAAACUCUGGACAGGGUUGGAUGCACCAUACGAUGAUUGUGUGAAGGCCAUCUUGGAAUGAAUUUGUGUUGCUCCCAUAUAAAUAUAUCUAUAAACACGUAGAAUAAAUGUUAAACAUACAUAUUGUUAUUCUCAUU